CAGAAGCUGAGGGACCCACCCCAUGGAGAAAUGCUCAGUGAUGGAGGCAGCCAAUGGCUCCAAGGAUGGCUUGGAUUUCAACCCCAUGAAGGAUUACAUGAUCCUGAGCAGUCAGCAAAAGAUAGCCGUCGCAGUGUUGUGUGCUACCCUGGGCCUCCUAAGUGCCCUGGAGAAUCUGGCUGUGCUCUACCUGAUCUUAUUUUCUCACCGGCUCCACAGGAAGCCUUCAUAUCUGUUCAUUGGCAGCUUGGCUGGGGCUGACUUCCUGGCCAGUGUGGUCUUUGUGUGCAGCUUUGUAAAUUUCCAUGUCUUCCAUGGCAUAGAUUCCAAGGCUGUCUUUCUGCUGAAGAUCGGCAGCGUGACCUUGACCUUCACAGCCUCUGUAGGCAGCCUGCUGCUGACAGCUAUUGACCGCUACCUCUGUCUGCGCUACCCACCUGCAUACAAAGCCCUUCUCACCCGUGGGAGAGCACUGGUGACCCUGGGCAUCAUGUGGGUCCUCUCAGCAUUGGUCUCCUACCUGCCUCUCAUGGGAUGGACUUGCUGUCCCAGUCCCUGUUCCGAGCUUUUUCCUCUGAUCCCCAAUGACUAUCUGCUGGGCUGGCUCCUGUUCAUUGCCUUCCUCUUCUCUGGAAUCAUCUACACUUACGGGCAUGUCCUCUGGAAGGCCCAUCAGCAUGUAGCCAGCUUGGCUGAGCACCAGGGAAGACAGGUGCCAGGAAUGGCCCGGAUGAGGCUAGAUGUGAGGUUGGCUAAGACCCUGGGGGUGGUGCUGGCUGUGCUCUUCAUAUGCUGGUUCCCAGUACUAGCCCUCAUGGUCUACAGCCUGGCCACCACCCUAAGUGACCAAGUCAAGAAAGUCUUCGCCUUUUGCUCCUUACUCUGCCUUAUCAACUCCAUGAUCAACCCCAUCAUUUAUGCCCUGCGGAGUGGGGAGAUCCGCAGCUCCGCCUACCACUGUCUGGCCCGUUGGAAGAAGCACCUGAGGGGACGUGGGCCUGAAGGAAGAGAAGAGGCCCCGAGGUCCUCAGUCACUGAGACAGAGGCUGAUGUGAAAAUCACCCAGUGGCCAGAUUCUAGAGGUCUAUACUGCUGAUGUGGCCUCUUUCACAG